UCUGUGGUUGUCUUUUUUAUUGUAAAGUUGUGACCUUGUGACGUAAACAGUUCAAUAGAAAAUUCAAAAGUUUAUUAGUAUAAAACUUAUUACGGUGCAUGUAGUUGGGUUUACCGUUUAGUUUUAGAAUAGUUUUAUUUAAUUGAGUAGUUAAAAUGUCUGCUGGUUCUGUGAAGAAAUCUAAACCAACAGAACUAUCGUUUUUGGGAAAAUCAUACCUUCUUGCGUAUAACGGUAUUCAAACGUUGGGAUGGCUAUAUUUACUAGUCUGGUCAACUGCUUAUUUUUUAGAUCGUGGCACAUUAGAUAGUUACUGGAAUGAAAUGAAAUGGGUAGUGAUUAUUUUUCAAAAUGCGGCAUUACUGGAGGUAUUUCACGCAGCAAUCCGGCUAGUUCCUUCCAGUGUGUUUGUUGUCUUGAUGCAAGUUUACUCCAGAGUAUUCUUAGUGGGAGGUGUCUUAUUGGCGACUGAAUCUGGGCCCGUCAGUCCAGGCCUUCCUCUGUGCCUCUUCGCCUGGUCCGUAACUGAAAUAAUCAGAUACGCUUAUUAUGCACUUAAUUUGGUCAAAGCAGUACCACAGCAACUCACAUUCUUGAGAUACUCUACUUUCCUUAUUCUAUAUCCACUGGGUAUAACAGGAGAACUGCUGUGCAUGUAUCAUUCGCUGGACGAAAUAGCUGAGAAACAAUUGUUCACUGUGUCCAUGCCCAACAAAUGGAACUUUAUAUUUAAUUAUUACUAUUUCCUCAUAUUCUACAUGUUACUCUACAUACCAUUCUUCCCUUACCUGUACGGUCACAUGUUAAAGCAAAGAAGUAAAAUGCUCGGUGGUCUUUCUAAAAAGUCCGCAUAAUAUGUUUUAGUGCAAUCCUUUUUACACAUAAGAUCUAUUUGCAUUUUGUACUGCCAACUUCAACUCCACUUGUUUUGAAUCGCUCAAUACUUAAAUGAAAUAUUUAUUUUUUUAGUACGUAAGCUUAAUAAUGUUAGACGGGCCUAUCAUAUUGAUGGGUUUCAAGAUAAAACCUCAAUCAUAAAUAUCUGAUGAUGAUGAAUACACAUUAUAUAAAUGUAAAGGGGAUAUAAAGGACAAAUGGCGGUCUCAAUAGAUGUCUUCGUCAUGAUUGCUGUAAUUAUUUUGUUUGUUUACUGAAUACAUAGUUUUAUUUUUA